AUGGCAUCCGCCACGUCAGCGCUCCACCUCUCCCCCGUCGCCACCUCUGCGCAUCAACGUCCCUCCCCCUCUUCCUCCCUCCCCGCCCCCGCAUCCCGCGUCUCCGCCGUCUCCCUCUGCUCCCGCCCAGUCCUUCCCUCCCGCUUCCGCCGCAGCAGCCGUCUGCCAGUAGCGAUUGGGACUGUAUCAAAGGCGUCUCAUGGCACUCGAAGAUUCCGGUGCGAGGUUGCGAGCAGCGGCGACGCGACGUCGCCCUCCUCCUCGUCGUCGCCGCCAGAACCGGCGGCCACAGCAACCCCAGCAGCAGCGGCGGGUGGAGCGAAGAGCCACGCGUUCAUCCACGACUUCUGCUUCGGCAUCACAUUCGGAGCGGCAGCAGCAGUGGCGGGCGUGGCAUGGUUCCUGCUCACCAAGAGCACGGACGCCCUGCGCGUGACAGCGCUGUUCGGCGCCACCAUUGCGCUGGGCGGAGUGGGCAGCCUGAGGGCGUGGCGCAAGGGGCAGUCCAGCACACCGUACAUCCUCGGCCAAGCAGUGCUCGCUGCUGUCCUGGAAUACCAGGCAUUCGUGCGCCUGCAAGUGACGGGUGCUAUUUUCCCGUUGGGUCUUGGCAUGGCGGUCAGUGCUGCCAUGGUGCUGUUCUAUAUUUACGUGAUUUUGGCGGGUGGCAAUCCUCCCCCCAAGAAGAAGGCAGCAACUGCUGCUGCUUAG